CACAAUGGCUAACACCACAUUUCUUAGUCUGCUUCUUGUUCGUCUCCUUUUUCUUGUAAUGUUGUUUUUAGGGUCAUCGUCAUUUUUGGUGAACAACAUGACAAAACUCACCUCUGCCAAGUGCAUUGAGAUGGAGAGGAAAGCACUCGUCAACUUCAAACACGGUCUCGAAGAUCACACGGGUAGCCUUUCUUCUUGGAAGGGCGAAGAUUGUUGUCAAUGGAGUGGCAUCGAAUGCAACAACAUAACCGGACAUGUCGCCAAGCUCGAUCUCCGAGGUAAGGCUUUUGAUCCAUAUGAGGAUGUUGUACCUUACCCAAGGUCGCGUUUGGGAGGUAAGAUAAGUUCUUCUUUGCUUAAGUUGAAAUAUUUGAAUUAUUUGGACCUGAGCUCCAAUGAUUUUGGAGGAAUUCGAAUUCCUAAAUUCUUGGGUAUGUUUGAGAACUUGAGAUAUCUCAAUCUCUCUUCUUCCAUGUUUGGCGGUGAGAUUCCAUCUCAUCUUGGAAAUCUAUCUAGCCUGAAUUAUCUUGAUCUCGGGUUUGAUGAUUCAUUAUGGCUUGUUGAGGGUAUUUACCUACACACUUCAAAUUUGAAAUGGCUCUCGGGUCUCUCUUCUUUGAAAUACCUUAACAUGCAAAACUUGGAAGUCAAUGACACUAAUUGGCUGCAAUUAGUUAACAUGCUUCCUAACCUCAUGGAGUUACACUUGCCUGGGUGUGGUCUACCGAGCCUUCCACUCUCACUCCCGUUUGUUAACUUAACUUUGCUUUCGGUUCUUGACAUUUCUGGUAAUUGGUUGAACUCCUCAAUACCAAACUGGUUGUCCAAUCUCACGAGCCUCACCAAACUUGAUCUUAGCCAAAAUUAUUUUAGUGGCGUCAUUUCGAGUGAAUUCGUGAAGUUGACGUCUUUGGAAGACCUUCAUUUGUCUUAUAAUAGUUUUGAAGGUCAAGUACCAAUAUUUUUUGGGAAUCUUUGCAUGCUUAAAAUUUUAUACCUUCAAGGAAACAGUUUCAGCGGUGAGGUAGUUGAGUUUUUUGGUGCACUCUCGGGUUGUCCAACCAGUAGCUUAAUGUCACUAAGUCUAGCAGACAACUCUUUUGAAGGGGAACUGCCCGGUUCAAUAGGAAAACUCAACAAUCUUCAGCGAUUGUAUCUCUCGGGAAACUCUUUCUGGGGUUCAAUUCCGAAAUCUAUUGGAAAUUUGUCAUCCUUGCAAAAAUUUGACCUCUCUUCCAAUCAAAUGAAUGGAACCAUUCCUGAAAGUUUUGGACAGCUCUCAAAACUCAGAUUCCUAUAUCUCUCGGAAAACUCUUUUGAAGUGGAACUGCCCGAUUCAAUAGGAAUACUCAACAAUCUUCAACAAUUGGAUCUCGCGGCAAACUCUUUCUGGGGUUCAAUUCCGAAAUCGAUUGGAAAUUUGCCAUCCUUGCAAGAAUUUGACCUCUCUGCCAAUCAAAUGAAUGGAACCAUUCCUGAAAGUUUUGGACAGCUCUCAAAACUCAGAUUCCUAUAUCUCGAAAGUAAUUCAUGGGAAGGAGUCGUCACAGAGGCCCAGUUGAUGAAUCUCACAAGAUUAGAAGAGUUUAGAAUAUCAACAGAAAAAUUCGGAUCCUUGAUUUUCAAUGUGACAUACGAGUGGGUACCUCCUUUCAGGCUCAAAUUUCUUGCAAUAGAAAACUGCCUGGUGGGUCGUAGAUUUCCGGUAUGGCUUCAAGUUCAAAAUGAAUGUUGGAAUUGCAGAUACUCAUGUGUCCCUUACGAAUGUUGGAAUUGCAGAUACCAUUGCCGAGGUAUGGUUUUCCAUGUUAUCUUCUCAAGUUGUCCAUUUGGAUCUAUCUAA